AAACGACAACAAUCAUGACAGGUCGCGGAAAAGGCGGGAAAGGUUUAGGCAAAGGAGGCGCGAAACGUCACAGGAAAGUCCUCAGAGAUAAUAUCCAGGGCAUAACCAAACCUGCCAUCCGAAGACUGGCCAGGAGAGGUGGUGUGAAAAGAAUAUCUGGAUUAAUAUACGAAGAAACUAUUAUGGGCUCACCUACAGUGAUUUGGAAGCUAAGUUCUAUCAAAUCGAAGAAUAGAGAAGAGAUCGCUAUUUAG